UCUUUUUAGGAGGAUCAUAAAGUUUUGAAAAAAAUGUAAAUAAAGGGAAGGUGCAUUGUGGGAAAUUUAAGUAGUGAAGCAUGUAUCCAUGUUCAGUUUUCUUCAGCAGAUGAAUGUCAAAACAUGACAUUGAAAUAACAUUUUAAAAAAGGAUCUAAUAAUUGAAAUAUUAAUAAGCGUUUCAUUUAGCUGUCAACUUUAGAUUGUCAUGAAAGAAAAACCUAAUUCAAUAAGGACAUACGAUGCCGAAGGCUUCCGUCGUCGUGCAUCAUGUGUAUGCUUCAGAGACAAAACAGAGCAAGAGAUCUUGUUAGUAACAAGUAGUAAAGACAGAGAGAAGUAUGUUAUUCCUGGUGGUGGCAUUGAACCUCAAGAAGAAGCAAAGGCUACAGCUGAAAGAGAGGCCUUAGAGGAGGCUGGAGUAAGGGGAGAUCUUGGUCGGUUCAUUGGAACAUUUGAGAAUAAAGAGAAGAAACAUAGGACAAAAGUAUUUGCAUUUAUAGUAACAGAGUAUUUAGAUGACUGGGACGACAAAAGAUCUAUGGGGAGAUCAAGACAAUGGUUUUCAUUUGAAGAAGCAAAGAAAAGACUGACACAUAAACCGAUACAAGUGACUUAUUUAGAACUUCUGGAAAAACCAGAAAGAAUCACAUGAUGUGGAAUGAAGGUCUAACUUAUUACCAUAUCAGAUGAUAAUUCAGAAGUAUUCAUGUAAAGAUGUGCCAAUUAAUGAACAGAUGAAAUCUUCAUAGGUUUUAAAGGAUGAUAGGAAGCCAAUCAAAAGAUCAAAGCACUUUUUAAAUGACCGCCAAAUUUAGGACAACUUAAAUUAUGUUGUUUUUUAGGUUGCAAUUUGUUAUUUAAUUAAAUAUUGUAUUAUAGGAAUUUAAUUAAUAAAGGGGAUUUCAUAUUUUUUUUUAGCAUUAAUUGUACUUAAAGAAUGCUAUACUUUUAACUGUGAAAUAUAUAGUAUACAGUAUACAUAAAGGUUGUAAUCAGUUUUUUAUCAUUUUGUAAAACAUCUGUAAAAUGAAUUUUUAUGUUAUGAAUUGUGUACAGAUUCAAUCUACUCAGAAAUAACUAUUUCAUCAUAUUUGAGCAAGCUUUGUGAUUGAUAUGGUGAAAUGACUACUUCCAAUGAUGGCUACUUUUGCCUCAUGAAUUAGAUAAGAUGGCUCAUUGUACAUAAUUCAAUUAGUUGUAUACCUCAAUACUCAAAUUCCUGAAAAAAGAAUUAAUAAAAAUAGCCAAAAAAAUAAAUAACUUGGCCCUAUUAGGGAUAACUUUGAAAUAAGGAACUAAUAUUCUUGUUGGCUUAUUUUUCGAUUUCAUGCAAAAUCUUUUUUAAAAAUAAAAGGACAUAUUUGCUACCUAUUUGUCUAUCGUGCGAUAAAAUAACAUAUUGUCUGAAUUUUGUUCAUUAUAUAUAUACAAGCAGAUAUAUUGAAUGAUAUUUUGGUGCAGUUUUGAACAAUAAUGAAAUACAGAUUUUGCAUUUACCUUCAGAAGUGGCCUUAAAACUUUACUUAUCCAAAAUUGAGACCCUUAAAAAAUAAAAUGGAAAAUUUCAUUGUAAGAACACUCUGUAAAUAAGAGAGACAACUUUUGUUGGAAUAAGGAGAAUUUAAGAAAUUGUUUUCCAAAAUUAAAUUUUGGUAGGGUUUGUUAGUCUGACUAAAGCCAGCCCCUAUUGUCCAGCUGUGUUAAUUAGAUAUUGUGAAUUGCGUUCAAUGAAAGAAUUAAAACACAAAAUGUCCUAUGCAUUAUUCUGUCUAGUCGUCCUUUCACAAACCUUAUGGGUAACAAAUAUCUACAUGAUCAUAAUGAUU